ACCGGGAAUGCGGCCGCGGGGUCGGGGCGGGCGCAUCGGCCGCGAGGGCUCGCCCAGCCCCGGCCGUGGGCGCGGGGGCCGCGCGUCCCCCCGGGAAGCGUGUGAGGGAGGCCCUGCCCGCGGCCGCCGCUGCUGAUCGCCCUCGCCGCCUGCUCUCGCUGCGCUCAUCAGAGAGGUGUCAGGCUGGAGCGGGGACACCCUUCAGGCAGUGUGUUUCCCCCGGGCCUUCGCACGCAGGGCUGUGCAGCCCUGAGGGAAUGCGGGCGCGCAGGGCGUUCUGCCUUUACGGUCCGUAGUCGCUGCUUCGCUUGCGAGGCGGCAGCGUCGGGCGAGCGUUUGCCCUCGGAGACUGUGGUACACCGGUCCACGUGCAGUAUUUAGGCCAGGGUUAUUCUUUCUCUGAAGUUUGCUCCUACUUUUGACUCGGGCAGUACUUGCAAGGUGUGAAACCUCAGUUUCAAGCAGAGGCCAGUGCAGCUUUCACUGCAGUUGUACGAGUUUGUAAGUAUCCGUGGUGCCAGUGCCGCUGGCAGCGCUGUGCUCUUGCAUCCUCCACCGAGCAGCUUCUGAUGCAGCAAACUGUUUUGAAGGCAUAGCUGAAACGUAAUUAUAGUGCAAAAUCAUACCGUUCAUUUCUCUGCAGCGUCUUAAUGUUGUGUGAGCAGAAGGUAUGUUAGCCAAAGUAUCUCAGCCGUCUUAAAGUACCGAUAAUCAGAAUUAAAUUUUAAGUAGCUCUGCAGGUAAACUGCUGAGCUGAGGUCAGCAAAAAGGGGGAUCUGGGUGAUGUUUAGUGGGGUUAGAUUUGAAGAAACUGAAGGGGAGGACAGAUUUUUGACAAAGAAAGCAGUUAGCAUGACCUUUGGUGAUACUGGAAAGGUGGGGAGAACUGAAAGCGUAGCCUCCAGAUAAUGGGGUUCACCUUAAAUCAUAAUUCAGGCUGACCCUUGACAUGUUGCUGGGGGCAAUGUGGACAGAAAAUCCAUGAGCCUGGAACGAUGUUCACGUGAGAUGCUGUGACUUAUAGGAGCUACUGGUUGUAUUUGUUUUAAACUGUGCAAAUCUAAGAUCUGAUAACUGAAAGCAGAGUUACAUAUCUUGCCUUCAGGGUUCAUGCGGAUAACAGCAGUUCAGAGACAAGAAAUGCAGGGAGCUGUUAUGCUGAGAAUUUGCUUUGCCUUCUCAGUUGCUCUUCAAUUUGACUGUGGUUAUGAGAAUGCUGACUUUAGGUGGACCAGUGAGUUCUGCUUGCAGUUUAGUACCGAAUGCAAUUUCAAGUGUAAAAUAGCAGCACGGGGAUGCAUGUCUGACUGAAAAUGUCAAGGAGGGAAGGGAAGAAAAAAAUCCCGGAACUCUUGCUGAUAGUUUAGUCUCAAUUAAUUUGCAAUUAGCAUCCAGCUUUUAUGUAAAAUUGAAAAAAAUAACACUGAAAACAACCAAAGAAGGCAAACCUCUAAGCAACCGUCAAAUUUAGGAAGUGUACUGUGUGUGAUAAGGAGAUCCAUGUUGUGUGAUUGAUUCCAUAAGCACCUUUAAUAGCCUUCUAGAAUGGGAGAUGAGCUUUCUGCAGUGGCCUGACGCUAUCAGGACCAGGCAUUUGGAUUUGGUUUUCUUUACCAGCAGUUCAGCUGUCUUGGACUCCAGGUUUUUUGAGACAUAGUUGUAUUUUUCUGGCAUUUAGUAUUCUGUCUUAACAUUGUUUCUGGGAAAGCAGCAGUGUGACCCAGUAGCUAUAGUUGUGCAAAUGAUCAGAAAUGGAAAUGGCCAUUUUGCCCAGUUACACCAUGUAUAGAUACACUUACUAGAAAAGGGGAAAGAAUGUUUCCUUUGUCAUUGAGUGGGAAGGUAGAAGUUAGCUUCUGUGCACUACUUUCAAACGUGCAAUUGCAGGAUUUUCUGGAACAGUUCAGGUUCUUCCCUGCUAUUUGCAUGCUCGCCAUAAUGUCAUAUACACAUUCAAUGUAAAGAAAAUUCACUUAAUUAGAAAUCAGGGAAAACACACAGUUUCCAGACAAUUCCACACCAUCCAUGGACAGCUCUUCUUUCCUUACAGCAUGCUGGAAAUGGGCAGAGCCAUCAGACAGGGAUUUCUUCUUGUUCACAUGGUAGCUAGGGGCUUGCAGGUGCUACUUGAGGAAUACUUUGGCCUAGCUUUAUGUGUUCUGGGAAAAAAGGAGUGUCAGCACCAGGCUGGCUGCCUUUGUCAUUCCAGCAGGAGCUGUUGGUUACCUCUUCCUCCUGGCUGAUUUGGAGCAUUGGAGGCUGGUGAUCCCUGGAACAGUCAGAGAGGCAAGAUGUUGUGUCUUGCAUGAUGCAGGUGAGAAAGAGGGGACUCAAUGUGCCUGGCACUCAUCUGGCACACGGGUCCAAGCUGAGAAGUACUACUGAGCACUGUAGUAGAAGCAGUGACAAGUCCCUGGUGGCUGUGAAAUGCUAUAUUGAAGUAGCCCAGUGAAGACAUGUUUGGGCAGCCUCUGUGCAGAACUUGGCCUAGAAUACCCCUACCACCCCACUGUGGAAAAAAUCCUCCUGGAAGGAGAAGCUUCUACUCUGGUGCUGUGUCUAGGGGAAAAAAAGUAGUCUUGCAGGUCUAUUCAAUUUGUGUAUCUAAGAAGAAAAACAUCUAGAGGGCAUGCUUGAGCAGAUAUUUUUAAUCACUGUUAACUGCGCUUUCGUUUUAACAGUGACACUAUGAUAUGACUAACUCAAGGAAAACAACAAACAGCCUCUUUAUUGUUACAGGAUUGCUCUUGGUAGGGGAGUAACCCAAAGAAUUGCUUUACAAUGAAGACAGAAACAGAAGUCUAGUGCAAACACUACAGUGUAUUUAAAUAGCAAAUGCUUAAUUUCACCACAAGGCAUUGUCCAGGGGUCUGGCAUUGUGACCCAUUACCAUCAGGUAACCUACUGCCUUGAGCAGAGAACUAUCUUGAAACCGGUACAGAUGUAGAAAAAUUUUAUGGUAUGUUGAAAUGGUCAUCCCUGUUUUUUUUUUAUAACCCCUAAAACGUAGCAGAACUUUACCUUCAUGUAUAAUAAAACUUUGUUCAAGAAAUCUCAGACAGACACUGCAGCCAGUGUAAAUAUUUUUGCAGUUCGAAAAUUGCUGUACUUGGGCAGUGCUUUACAAUUAUGGUGGAAAUCUGUACAUAUGCAUUUACAUGUGUAUAUUUCUGUACAUAUUUGUAUAAAAAAAGAAUACAUUCAGUCUGGAUAUGAACCCAUUUGUUGGAUAAAAGAUGUUUGGGUCUGUGUGCACAAAACUAGCUUGACUGCACUGCAAGUGAAGGUUGGUUAUUACUGGAUUCCAAUGGGACCACUAUACUCAAACAUGAGAAAGAAAAAAAAAUCAGUAUUCUGCUUUGCUGUACUCAAUCAUAUGAAAUAAAAACAAAAGGAGGCCCAAGGGCCCUGUGUAACCUAAUUCUAAAUUGUAGCGAAGGAAAAAAUUAAAAAAUGUUCGAAUAACUCCAGAAGGCCUUUGUGAAUCAAAACACUGAAGCCCAGGAAGUUUUCCAUGCACAAAGACAGAUUGGUCCUGGUGCACCAUCAAUAUUUUGCCCUGUGAGCUUAAGAACAAAAAGAAAAGGAAAAGAUACUGAAUAAACAUGCAAUAUUUGAAGUCGGUAAAAUCUAUUAAAAUAUAUAUGUAAUGACUUACUGAUUCAGAGGGUCCUCCUCUGAAUUUUUCUGAAUGAGAAGGACAUUAGGCCAGAACUUUCCUGUUUUUAAGAUUUGGAGGCAUCAUCUUUCUGCAAUACAGUAUGCAACUAGCUUUAAAUAAAAGAGUAAAUCCAUAGAAAGCAGUGUGACUGUGAAAGGAGAAAAGAACUCUCACAGAACUCUGUUGUUGUAGCUGAAGUCAUGAUUACAAAGCUUUUCCUUUUCUUUUCCGUUAGUAUCCACAGCUGGGAUUAAGGUGUGUGUACUUUAAAGCUCCAGCUUUUGAACGUGGUUGGUAGUAGCUCCUACUUUUGGUUUGUGGAACUCACCUCAAGGUGUCUUUUUAAUGUCUUUGUGCGAUAGGUAUUAAACUGACCACAGAAACAAAAGACAGCCAAGGUGAUGGAUCACGUUGAAAGGAUUUUUGAAUAGAUGGGUCUGAGUACACCCUUUGUAAGCAGCAGAUGAUGAAUGUCCCUGAAGGUCUAAGUAAGUAGGAAGGGAGGGGAGAAUCAGCUUAAUAUUGUGUUUUUGCUGUCCUGACUCCUUCAGUAAGAAGCUGCUCUUCGGGGUGUUUUAGGGACUCAGCGACAGCAUUCUCCCUCCCUCCGAUGAUUUCGUUAAAGAACCUGUCACCAAACACUGGGAAAUAAGCUCUCCAAACAGUUUGUUAGGUUAGAAAGUCAAUGUUUCUUUAUUCAGCACUGAGGUACGUGGGGGAUCACUCCACCUGGCAUGUACACCGAUUAUCAAAACUUUUAACUAUUUAUACUUUUAACUAUUGUUUUAGCAAACAAAGGAAUAAGUGUUGAUUGGCUGCAAGUAACAUAGUUCUAUUAAUUAGUAUUCUGUCUUCUAUUUGUUAGUGAUUUCUUACUUCUCAUGGUAAUUAGUCCACAUUUCUAGUCUUUUUAUUAUCUUUUUUCCCAGAUAGGGAGAGUUUCAGUACCAUUGCUGCGUUGUCUUUGUUAUUUUUUUCCUUUAUCUUUGUUUUCUGCAAAAUGUCCAUGAAGUCUAUAUAAAUUCUGCAUUCCUGGUGUCCAGUUCUCAGCACUACCCCUCUCUCCAGUGCUUUGUUAACUUCCUCCCCCAGGUCUGAGAGCACCAACGCAUGUCAAGCCCUGAACUUUAAUUUGUUUUUCUAACACAUGGACAUCACCCAGAGCUUUCCCCGUCAGCUGCUGUCUGUUUCAGGGAUUAAAUCUCUCCUCAACGUUUUUCCCCACUGCUGCAUAGACGCCUUUUUUAAGGAAUAUAACCUGUUUCGUAACAAGCCCAAAAUGUGGAGGGCGGUGGUUAACGCCCUGUCGAGGGCCAAAGUCCCCGGAGGCCAAGCAUUCCGCCCGCUGCCGGCGCAGGAGGGCCGGAGCCUGCUCCCUGGGAGCACCCACUGCUGCCAGCGUGCAGUGCCGGGGCUCCACACCGCCCAGCAGCUCAGCAUGAGCCCGGGAAUACAGAAGGUGGAAGCUUUGGACGCGGGCCAUUUUGUCCGUGUGGAGUGGGAGGAUGGAAGUGAGAGCCGCUACCCCUGCGUCUGGCUGAGGGACAACUGCCAGUGUCCCCUCUGCUUCCUGCCCUCCGCCGGAGCGCGCAGGCUGCUCUUCGAGGACCUGGAUGUGAACAUCGUGGUGAAGGAGGUGGCUCUGGCAGAUGGAAAAAAGAUCUCCAUCACGUGGCCUGAUGAACACGCAAGCGAAUAUGAAGCUGAGUGGUUGAAAAAACGAUGCUUCUCUGAAGCAGCCAGAGCAGAAAUGCAAGCAGAUUUAUUUUUACCAGAACGCCAGUACUGGGGCUCAGACCUUCAACUUCCCAAAAUACCUUUUGAAGAAGUCAUGAACAAUGAUGAAAGUGCAUACAAGUGGCUGUGCACCCUAAAGAAAGUAGGAAUCGUUCUGCUGACAGGAGCUGCUACAAGGCAGGGAGAAUUGAUUAAACUUGGCCACAGGAUUGGGUUCCUGCGCCUCACUUUUUAUGGACCAACUUGGCAAGUGCAAGACAAAGCAGAUGCUAACAAUGUAGCUUAUACAACUGGGAAACUGUGUUUUCACACUGAUUACCCUGUUCUGCAUCAUCCACCUGGGGUCCAGUUUCUCCACUGUAUAAAGCAAACAGCUACAGGAGGUGAAAGUGAGGUUGUAGAUGGAUUCCACAUAUCCAACAAGCUGAAGAAACAAAAUCCUGAGGCAUAUCAGAUCCUCUCCUCUACUGCUGUAGACUACACUGAUGUUGGGGUGGACUUCUGUGAUUUUGCUGUGCACUGUAAACAAAGGAUUAUAGACAUAGAUUCCAGAGGCCAAGCAGUUCGCAUCAAUUAUAAUAAUGCAACAAGAGAUGCCGUGUUUGACAUACCAGCUGAAAAAGUGAGGCCAUUUUAUGCAGCUCUAAAGGAAUUUAAUGAUUUAUUAAACAGUGCAGAACACAAGUUUACUUACAAGCUGAAACCAGGAGACAUAGUGACGUUCGAUAACUGGCGCGUGCUUCACGGCCGCCAGAGCUACCCCUCGGGUUCGGGAGUGACACGUCACCUGGAAGGUGCCUAUGCAGACUGGGAUGUGGUCCUGUCACGGCUCCGCCUCCUCAGGAAGAGGGUCCUGAAUAGGGACUGAGCUUUCUUCGGACUGGGAGGAGCGAAACGUAGAUUGUCUGACCUCGAUGACAACGGCAACGGAGUCAAAAAAUUGAGUCUUCUUUCCAGAAACUAACGUCGCUUUUGGCAAGGGCUUGUCAUUGAACAAGGGGAAUGGCUUUAAACUGACAGAGGGGACGUUUUGAUUAGAUAUUAGGAAGAAAUUCUUUACUGUGAGAGU